AUGAAGUCAGACCUUUGGUAUUUCUUUCUCUUCUGCUUCCAAGUUGAAGUUCUAAUGGGAGAAAUCAAUGGCUCUGCCAAGUAUGAGAUGUUUACAUUUCACAAUGGAGGUGUUCAAAUUUUAUGCAAAUACCCCGAGAUUGUCCAGCAAUUCAAAAUGCAGCUGCUGAAAGGGAAACAAGUCCUCUGUGACCUCAGGCAGACAAAGGAAAGUGGAAACACGGUGUCCAUUAAGGCUCUGAAAUUCUGUCAAUAUCAAUUAUUCAACAACAGCGUCUCUUUUUUUCUGUAUAAUUUGGACAGUUCUCAUGCCAGCUAUUACUUCUGCAAACUAUCAAUUUUUGAUCCUCCUCCUUUUCAAGUAGAGAUUCUUAGAGGAGAAUAUUUGCAUAUUUAUGAAUCACAGCUCUGUUGCCAGCUGAAGUUCUGGUUACCCAUAGGAUGUGCAGCUUUUGCGGUAGUCUACAUUUUUGGAUGUGUAUUUAUUUUUUGGCUUACAAAAAAGAAGUAUCAAUCCAGUGUGCAUGACCCGAAUAGUGAGUACAUGUUCAUGGCAGCAGUGAACACAGCUAAAAAACCUGCACCACCAGAACUCUCUGGCACCCGUGCGUGACACACAUUGGCCGGUUCCCCCCAGCUUGAAGUGAGAGAGUCCCUUGUUUCCU